CCAACAGUGUCUCUCUCUCUUAGAUUUGUUAAGAUUAAGAUUGAAGAUUCCUUCUUUUUGACUUUGCAUUUGUAUAGAUUACUGUGUGGUUUUUUUUUUGAGACAUGGCGGUGGCAGCUUUCAAAUCCUCGUCCAGAAGAGGAAACCCAACAACCACAAACUCAAAUACUGCCAAAGUAAGCAGAGACACUUCUCCAAAGAAAGCCCCAAUACGAAGAUCUAGAAGCGUCAGUGCUUUCUCUAGGACUAGUGCCAACAACUCCACCGAGACUUCUACUACUAUUUCCUCUGAUUUCUUGAACAAGAGAGACAACCCUUUGUUCUGGAGUAGCUCUACUGCUAAAUCACCUCCAGAACUCGAGCCUCAGUGCAGUAAUGGUGGUGAAGAUAGCAGGAGAGGUCGCUCUGUCACCAGGAAUAGUGGUGUUGGUAUUGGGAGUAAUAAGGGAGCUGGGAUGGAGGCUGCCCGGAGUCUGUCGAGUGUUGGUACGGCGGCCGCCCGCCGCAACCGCUCGGUGUCGCGGGGCCCGGUGUCGAGGCGCUGGGAUGUGACUUCUGAGAGUGAAGCUGAGCAAGAAGGUAAUUUAUCUAAGGAUUUCAAGAAUAGACGUGAUUGGAGUGUAGUAUCUAAUAAUACAAAAAAGGGUGGCUUAGUAAGUAGUUCUGGUGUAUGGUCUUCUCGGGAUUCCCCUUUCAGGCAUUCAGAUGGUUCCGCUACAACUUUGUCUUGUUCACAAAGUGCAAAUCGGGAAGAUAAAGCAUCCACGGCAAGUUCUUUAUCUGGAGCUGAAGAUAAAACUAUAAAAGCAGUUUGCGGAAAAAUGAAGUCAGUCCAAGGGGACAACAUGGAAGCUGAUACUACUACUAGUGGUAUAUAUGAAACUGUUCGUUCUGAAGUGAGGCGUGCUAUCUCUGAAAUCCAAAAUGACCUUGAAAUUGCUAUCCGAAAGAGUAAAACUACUGCUAUUGCGACGACCAAUAUAGCUGAUAUCCCUCCUGACUUGGUAAACCCAGAUGCAGUUGAAUUAGUUUUGGACAUCAGAAGAGAAUAUGCCAUAAAGCUUGAGCAGUCCCUUGAACGUGCUAGAAAACUUCAAGCAGACUUGGCUGUGGAGGAGCACCGCGGACAUGAGCUGAGUAGAAUUCUGAAGGAAAUACUUCCAGAUCCUAAGACCCCUAAUGUGCCAAAGUCUCGACCAGGAAGAAAAACUAGCAUUGAAAGAAGAAAGAUGUCAAAACGUCUAGAAGAAGAAGCCAUGAAUUAUUUUGAUGAGUGUGUAUCAUUAUCAACAUUCGAUAGUUCUGACUUCUCAUCACCAGAGGACCCACCAUUUGAUCUUGCUACCCCAGUUGGUGACAGUAUACUACCCCAAGCAAGUUUGGGUGCUUCAGCUACCAACUUUACCAAGAGUUCCUUAAAUACUAAACAGGCACAGGAAUCAGACAUUCCAGGUCAGUUCAUGAAUGGUGAUGAUGCGUCAAGACUAACAGCCAGCAGUGACAGUAAGGAGCCCAAGUUGGAUCCAGUAAGUCAAGAAAGUGCCAAUUCCAAAAGGAGCCAGAAAUUUCAGUUCACCUUUGCUGGCAAGACAACUGAAACUUUUGAGCUUCAACAGGACAUUAAGAAGUAUAUCAGAACUUUUGAGAAACAUGAUGUUGUCUCAGAGAACAACAGAUCAAACUGUUACAACAUGGAUGAAUAUAAUCUGCAAGCCUCAGCUCAAAGCUUGUUGUUUGACAAGGUCAUAUUGAAAAACAGAAUUGAGUCCGGUAGUUUGCUUGUGUGUGGUGGUAUCACUGUUUCAUUUUCUCCUUUUGCUUCUAUCAUCUGAAUGUUGUGGUUAUGGGAAUCCCACUAGUUUAUUGUGAACCUGGGAAUACUAUUACGCCAAACAAAAAAACACUCUUGUAUAAAGUCAUGUAAUUUUGUCCUUUUGUUGAAUGUGAUUUUUUCUUUUUUUGAGAAA